AUGGAUCGGCAGAGAAAGCGGGAAAUUCGCAAUCUUAACGAGCGAGUUUGGGCUGGCGAGAGUGAUGUAUUCCCUGUCAGCAAGUCUCUCGAUUCGUCCUUGAAAAAAAAUACAGCCUUCAUCAAGCGCCUUCGUACCGGGAUUAAUGCCGCCGCUCAGCAAACCCUGCUGACCGACAUUCGCACGCUGUCCCUCCAUAAGUACCUUUCGGAGAUCAUUUCGGCCUGCUAUGAGGGACUAUGCAAAUUAAAAACGCCGGGAGAAAUUGCCGCCGGUAUUGAAAUUGCCAGCGCCCUUCAUCAGCGAUUCGGUCCCGCGGAGUUUACGCGACAGAUUGGAUGGCUGCUAGGACGGGGUCUUAGCUCGCCGGAUAAAAGCCAGUUGAAGUCUCUCAGCCAAGAGCUGCGUGAGCGCGAGGAAAAAGAGCGUCUAUCUCGCCACCGAGUGUUGUUGAAGAUUGUGACGGAACUGUGGCUAGUCUGCGUACUGAGAACCCUUGAUGAUGUUGAACGACCGGAAGAUGUGGGCGCUAAGGGCAAGGAUGGCAACGUUGGCCUGAGCAAUAAAAUGACGGAUGGGGUAUCGAGAAGCAGAAACCCGACAGGCGAUAAGGAGCCGGAUCCAUUUCCCUUGGAGGUUCUGAAGGAUCUUCUUGGGCAUGAUCGUGAACAUUCUAAUCUGCCGCUGGCUGUGUUAUUUGCGAAGAGUUUUAACUGGGAUAUCUUGGGUGUCAAGGGCACUGAAGAGGGUAGGAAGACGGUUGAGGCUGACGGAGCGACGACUAGUACACCUGCCGAGACUCAGAAUGGUGUUGAGGGGGGAGAUGAGGCGGCGGCCGAGGAUGACGCACCGCUUACUCCGGAAAAGACCCAGCUUCGUUUCAAGAGUAUAUUGAACAGAUACCUGGAGGAUGUUAAGGCGCACGUUAUGCGUGACCAGAAAGCACUCACAGCACAGAGCCGCCGCAACGCCGAAGCCUACGUCAAGAGUGGUGAAAUAUUCGAGGAUCGACAGGCAAAUUUCGAGAGGCAAACCAAAUCACUGGAGAAGCUGGUUUCCAACACGCAGGUUCUCUGCGAGAUUCUGGGAGUGGAAAUGCCCGCCUUGGCUGAACAGGAAGCUUCGGAUCCCGCGUCAAGCGGCGGAAUUGGUUUGGUGAAAACUUCAGAAUACCUCCGGGGCCAAGGGGAAGGAGCUGGAAUCUGGGAGGAUGAAGAGGAGAGACGCUUUUACGAGAACCUUGUUGACAUGAAAGGCAAAGUCCCGGCUGUUCUGUUGGAUGAUGGCAAGAAGAAAAAACCCGAAACCGGAGAAUCGACUAAGAAGAAGGAAGGUGAAGCUGGCCCUGACUCAACCACAGAGAAUAGCGAGUCUCAAGCCCAGACUCCAGACGAAAAAGCCGCCGAAGCUGAUGAUCAGUCGAUGGCGAUUGCAAGUAAGACCGUCGGAGCCCAGGUGGAUGCGCUUUUGGCCAAGCUUCCCGAUUUGCAAACCAAAGAUCAAGUCGAUCAGCUGGCGCUGGAUUUCUGCUUCCUAAACUCGAAAGCGUCUAGGAACAGAUUGAUCAAGGCCGUUUCUGAUGUUCCAAAGGGUCGUAUCGAUCUUCUGCCUUUGUACUCGCGUCUUGUCGCAACACUCGGGCAAUAUAUGCAGGACAUACCUCAGGGUUUGACUACGUAUCUUGACGAAGAGUUUCGCAGUCUCCAGCGCCGGAAGUCCAAGGAGUUCCUCGGUCAAGUGCGAAUGAGUAAUAUUCGCUACCUUGCAGAGCUGACCAAAUUUGGAGUCGUGCCCGAGCAUAUCAUUUUCCACUGCUUCAAGGUCUCCCUGGAUGAUUUCUCGCGCAUGAACAUUGAGAUUAUCGGCCACCUUCUGGAGAACUGCGGGAGAUACCUGUUUCGGAACCCUGAUACAUAUCCGCGGAUGGCAUCCUUUUUGGAGACGCUCGGAAGAAAGAAGAUCGUUCAGCACCUAGGCCAGCAAGAGCGUAUGAUCAUCGAGAACGCCGUCUACUACGUUGACCCACCCCAGCGACCUGCGAUUCAGCAAAAGGAGAGGACCCCGAUGGAGUCUUAUAUUCGCAAACUUAUCUAUCUGGAUAUGAACAAGCGAAACUAUACCAAAGUCCUUAAGUCGAUCCGAAAGCUUCACUGGGAAGAGUUGGAAGUGGUCAAUAUCCUAGAGCGCGUUUUUAGCAAGCCGGCCAAGGUCAAAUACGGCAACAUCCACCUGCUUGCAAUUCUUGCCAGCGCUCUCUACCGGUAUCACCAGGGGUUUGUGAUCGGAGUUGUGGACAAUAUUCUGGAGCACAUCACCCUGGGACUUGAGCAGAAUGACUUCAAGUUCAAUCAGAAGCGCAUUGCGGAGGUUAAGUACCUAGCGGAGCUGUACAACUACAAGAUGAUUGACUCUCCUGUGAUAUUUGAUACACUGUAUCGUAUUAUCACAUUUGGUCAUGAAGGCGGCACCCCGAUGCCAGGAAAGAUAAACGUGCUGGACUUGCCGGAUGAUUUCUUCAGGAUACGUUUGACCUGCCAGCUCCUGGAUACAUGUGGCCAUUGUUUUGACCGGGGUUCUGCAAAGAAGAAGCUAGACUUUUUCUUGAAGUUCUUCCAGUAUUACGUCUGCACGAAAGAACCUCUGCCAAUGGACAUUGACUUCCUUGUCCAAGACACGUACUCCUUGACGCGCCCUCAAUGGAAUCUAGUUACCGAUCUUGAUGAAGCUAGUCGCAUUUUCGGCGAAGCGGUGGCCCAAAACUUCAAGCCUCAAGAAGAGAAGCCAGAGCCGGACGAGGAGUCCGAAGAUAGCGCAUCUGACGAGGACCUGGAGGAAGACGCAAUCCCAGAGGCCGAAGACGAUGCGGAGUCAAGUGAUGAGGCCGAUGUGACCCCAAAUGCCGAGCAGAACGACGACAGCGAGUCGGAAGAGGAACAGAUUUUCGUCACUCGUCAAGAAGAAGAGCGCGAUCCUGAGGCAGAAGCAGAGUUUGAUCGUGAAUUCGAGAAGAUGAUGGCAGAAAGUGUUGAGUCGAGGAAGUUUGAACGCAAGGCCAUAUUUGAUAUCCCACUACCUAUGAAGCGUGCUCCUCGUGAUACUGCUGUGGAUACUCCAGCUCCAGCUCCAGCUCCAGCCCCAGCCCCAGCCCCAGCUCCAGCCCCGGCCCCAGUCGAAACUCCGGCUCAACCGUCUGGCAACACAAUGGCAUUCUCUUUAAUGACCAAGAAAGGAAACAAGCAGCAGACCCGGACUAUCGAUUUGCCGUCCGACUCCACGUUUGCUGUGGCCAUGAGAAGCCAGCAACAGGCGGAUAGGGAGGAGCAGCAGCGAAUCAAGAACCUUGUUUUGAACUAUGAAAUGACCACUGAGGCUGAGAAUACCGAAGAAACCGUCGAGAAACGCUCCCCCGCUCGACUCGACAAAUCUGGCGCAAACCGGUCAGCUUUCCGCUCUCGCAAGCUCCAGCUCAGUGACGUCAAUUGGUAG